GACUACCCUAUGUCAACUCAAACUCUCUUCAACUGACCCCUCCCUGGCUCGUUUCGCCCUUCCCAUCGCUCACUAUUUCCAUUCAUGACACCCUCGACCAGUGUACUUCACCAGAUCGUCGACCUCAACCACUCCUAACCUCGCGUCAAUAUCAUUACCCAGCUUGCACCCAAAAACACCGCAAUCAUGGCUCUCGUUAACGUUCGCCGCGAUGUCACCGACCCCUUCUAUCGCUACAAGAUGGAGCGACUCCAGACCAAGAUCGAAGGCAAGGGCAAUGGCAUCAAAACAGUGGUUGUGAACCUCAGCAGCGUGGCCCAAUCUCUCGCUCGCCCCGGAUCCUACUUGAUCAAGUACUUCGGCUUCGAACUUGGCGCUCAGACCAACAUCGACCCACCCGAUGAUCGCUGGAUCAUCAAUGGUGCCCAUGAUGCUCCAAAGCUGCAGGAAUACCUGGACGGCUUCAUCAGCAGGUUCGUUCUCUGCAAGAAGUGCAAGAACCCCGAGACCGACGUCCAUGUCAAGGACGACCACAUCGUGCUCGAUUGCAAGGCCUGUGGCCAGCGCACCGAUGUCGACCUGCGCCUGAAGCUCAGCGGCUUCAUUCUGAAGAACACGCCGAAGAAGGGCAAGAAGGACAAGGCUGAGCGCAAGGCUGCCCGCAGAGCCAAGCAGAACGGCAAGAAUCCCGACAAGGAGAACGGCUCCGGCGGCGACUCAAACUCGGACCAGCCAUCUCCCAACGGCGACGACAAGAAUCUCGGCUAUGCAAGCGAUGAUGAUGCCAUGACCCGCAAAAUCAAGACCGAGGCCCAGGGUAUCAUGGAUGACGACGAGAUCGAAGUGAAGGACGACGAUUGGGCGGUCGACAUGAGCGCCGAAGCCGUCAGGGCUCGCCAGCAGUCACUCCCCGAUGAGUUCAAGCAAAAGCUGGUUCUGAACGCCGACGACGACGAUGAGGAAGGCGAGGGCGGUGGUCCUACUAUCUACGACCAACUGGGCGUCUGGAUCCAGGACCAGGCCAAGGAAAAGGGUGGCAUUAACAAAGUCGACGACAUCGGAAUCUAUCUCAAGGCUAAGGAACUGGGAAUCGAGACUAAGCACCGCACCGUUCUCGUCCUCGUCCAGACCGUCUUUGACGAGAACAUCACGUCUCAGAUCGGCAAGCGCGCUAGCAUGCUGAAGCAGAUCAUCACCUCGGAGCGUCAUGAGAAGGCUCUUCUCGGCGGCACCGAGCGUCUCGUAGGUCUCCUCGGAAAGGACCAACCUGACAUGUUCGACAAGGUCGUCAAGAUCCUCCAGCUGUACUACCACCACGACCUCAUCUCCGAGGAGGUCGUCACCAAGUGGGGCUCCCGCUCCAGCAAGAAGUAUGUCGAUGUGAACACCUCCCGGAAGGUCCGCAAGGCCGCAGAGCCCUUCCUCACUUGGCUUGCCGAGGCCGAGGAGGAGGAGGAUUCCGACGACGAGUGAGCCUUUCAACGACGCGUUUGCUCCUUGAUCUGUCUUGUCAACAACCGCUUGUUGCUCCCGCCGGUGCCGGCAGGCUUCUCUCUCAAUUCAGGGGUGGCUUUGCAUUCUUCUUUUGCGCUUGCUGUAACAAAAAAAAAUGGAAUUCGCAUCUCUGCUAGGCUGGGCGGGCGCUCGUCCGCUAAAAAUAAUGGAGGGCUUACACAAAACUGGGCUUGUUGGACAGCUGUCUCGUCAACAUGGUAGUUUGUUUUAGGUAUUAGUUCGGUCGAGAAAUUAAGAUUGCCACUCCUAGUAACUAGCACUUGCCUCGUAAUUGAGAACGGAAGUGUGCCAGGUGGGCAUCUCAACGUCAGUAGAUCCACUGGCAGCCUGGAAGCACCACCGGGUU